AUGACAGAAUUCUUGAACAUCCAAAAACCAAUAAUCUUCGACGAAUCAAUUUCUCGCUAUAAGGUCCAUUCACAUCGACCUUAUGCUUCAACAUCAUUUAAUAAUAGUGAUGAAAUAAGAAUGAGUAUUCAACAUCAGGAUUUAUGCAUUCUACCGAGUAAGAGUACCUUACACAUUUGCGGUAGAUUUACGAAUGAAGAUGGCUCUGCUGUUAAUGAAGCUAUGGAGUUGGUUUACAUGGCCAUUUGUCACAUGUUUGAAGAAAUACGUUACGAAUUGAAUGCCAUUGAAAUCAAUAGAUGUAAGAAUGUUGGAAUGACAAGUCUUAUUAAGAAUAAUUUAUAUUUGACCCCCGGGCAGGGUAAUUUAAUGGAAAACGCCAGGUGUUUACAAACCGAUGAUAAAUUGACUAAUAGCGACGGAUAUUUUGAUAUUUCUAUACCGCUGAGUUUAUUAUUUGGAUUCGCUGAAGAUUAUAAUCGGAUUAUUAUGAAUGCUUAG